CCAAAACAAUGUCAGAUGACGGUAGCGACACCUCAUUUGAAGAACCACACGGUGAUUUCGACUACACUUUGCUUUUCGAGAAGUUCAACAAAGAAGUACCCAAAAUGGAAGAAGUCAUGAAAGCCGCAAAAAAGUUUGGAGCUAGUCAUCGCCACCUAAUCAAUAAAUUCAUCUUGGAACCAUCGAUGAGCGCUAAGAAGAUGAACCUGAUGUUCGCCAAGCAUUUGACCACUGCUAUCUGGAAAAGACAUCCAGAUACUGUAAUGCAAAUUCAGACAAAUCGAGAGGAAGCACGUCAACUUUCGAAAUUGAUUGUGAAAACUAUGAAUGACGAUGAAGGAAAAGGGCCAAAACCGUUCCGGCCGUGGCGAUUCGUAAUUUCUACGGAUGAAAAAUCUCCAACGGAGUUUGUCACAAUGACAGGAUGCGGAAGAAAUUCUUCAGUUAUUAGUGAAGCCAGCGAUUUGACAAAAGUCGAGCGAGCUCUUCUUCUCGUUAUUCUCGAAGAAAUGAUUUCCUCAGAUGGAACCGUUCAAAUGGAUUGGGUUCAUUCUCAAAUUCGGCAUGAACCAUGCAAAAUGCCUGGCCCUAAAUGCGACAUUUUCAUGGCAAAAAUGAUGAGACAAAGGUAUUUUUUAAUGACCGACGAAAACGAAGUUGCAGAGAUCACACCACGCAUUCUAGUCGAACUGGAGCCCUGGCUUCGUGCCAAGUUUACAGGAGACCUCAAAACUUGUGAACUGUGCAGAAAAAUCAUUUCCCGAUCGGUUUACACUGCUGAAUGUCAGAAAUGUCAUGCGUUGUGUCAUUUUAAUUGCUUCAAAAAUGCAACGAUAAUUUCUCACCAAGACAACGUUGAAUGUCAGAAAUGCAAUCAAAAUCUGUCUUUGAAUGAGGUUCUCAAGCAAAUUGAUACCAAGAAGGCCACAGGUGUUCCACGAUCGAGAGACACCGUGGCUAGAAGCCCUUCACCAGAUUCAGAUGUUCCGAAAGCUCCUUCAAGGACACAAAGAGCGAAAUCUAAAUCGAAAACGCCGGCUCCAGUUGAUUCUGACGAUGAUAUGACCAUAACUCCUAGGCCGACGAGAGGGAAGCGGAACCAGCGAGUUCCAGACAGUGACAGUGAAUAAAGCAGAGGGAUUUCUAUUUAAAAAAUUCGGCUGUGUACUCUUUUUGGACUAUUUUUUUGGAUUUUGUUUUUUAUUUUCUGCCAAACGAUGUUUUGAAAUACAGACAUUUUUUUCAGUUAAAGCUUUCCCUUUUCUAUCGUUUUUUGUAGACUGGUUUUUAUUCCUAUUUCUCUGCAUUUUAAUCCGAAUCCAUCCCUCUUCACUUUCCUACCUUCCCACACACGUGUCAAAUACCUCACCUUUUCCCUCCGGUUCACUGACUUUUCCCACCCGCGAUUUUCAUCCCAUUUUUCAUGCAUACAUCUUCAAUGAAACAUUUUUUAGAAUGUAAUUUUCCCGAUAUAACCACGUUUUAAAUCUGAAAUUGCUGGUUUUGACCUGAAAAUCUGAAAGUUUUAAUCUCCUCUUUCCUCUGCUUAUCAUUGUGUUUUCUACCGGGCCCGUCACACGAGAAUGCAAGAGAUAAAUUCAUCGAUUUU